AUGAUUGAAGAUGAACAGAUUGAAGGUUUCUCGAAAAAAAAGACAAGAAAAUCAAGGCACACAAUAAACGUAGGCUAUUGGAGCAUAACCACGCUGGACACGCGGCCCGCCGACGGCCCAGAUCCAAAUCCAACCAGCCGGGCCUGCCUAGUGCCUACACGAGCAAAGGCAGGUCGUUAUUUAUCUCCGUCUCCCUUGUCUCAAAAAAAAAGAAAAAUUCUCCGUCUCCCUAUCCCGAUCGGCUUAGCCGCCGGCGGCGGCGACGGCGGCUACGAUUACGCCAACGCUCUCCGGGACUCCGACGAGUACAUCGGCCGCUCCAUUGAGAAAAAAGAAGAGGACAUCCCCUUCCGAACUUGUACGCUUGUCGACAUCGCCCUCCAUCAUUACAACUCCAACAACCCGGGUGCCAAGUUCGAGUAUCCUGAGUAUCCUCCUCAGUCGACAUCGGAGAUGAAGGCCGCCUGCGUCGGUUUCAGAGGAACUUUCUGGUACCACCUCAGCUUUUCGGCUCGCCCGAUGGAUGCCACCGCCGAGAAGCAGCACUUCUUCGCCGAGCUAUAUUAUCAUAGACAGUUCCGCCAACUAGCUGUUCAGACAUGCACCAUCUUAGGAAAGCCGUUGUGCCGCUUUAGCAGGUCAUGUGCAUUUUGUCCAGAGGAAUCCAAUAUCUUGCACCCAAGCGAUGCAGAAUUUGUGUGUGGAAAGCCUGAUCACAAAAAAGAGUUCUUCCGCAAGAGAGAUAUGCUAGUGCGGCCAUACAAUUCUUUUAUGAUACCUCCUGAUAUAGAUAACAGCGAUGAUCCAUGACUCAACUCUUAUGUUAUGGCGUAUAUAUUGCAGUUGUAAGAUAACAACUACGAUUUUUUUCUUGUUUAUCAUCCUUGUUCAAUUUUGUCGAUCACUAGAAAAAUAAAAACUAGUAGUAUUUCG